AUGCUCUACUACAGCCGCGGGGCUGCUGCGCCUCGCCAGCCACCAGCAGCAGCGACCGGAGGUCCAUGGGAGCACAUCAAGGUCUGUAGACCGCAGGACAGCAAUGACACCCAGAGCCCGCCACGUCCCAGUGCUGGGCCCUCACUGCUGCACCCUGCUACCCCUCGACAGCUCCACGACACCUUGGGGCAGCUGCCGCUCCUCAGUGCCUUGCUGGCAGAGCUGUCGGUGCUUGCCCACAGCACUACUCCUGCUGUCCACCCCCAUCUUGCCUGGCUCUACCGGGCCCCGAAGAGUGGUGGUGUGGCUUCACGGCCCCCUAGCCCCAGCCUCUCCUCCACCUUCAAGCCAGUAGAGGCAACUGUGGGUCCUGGUGGGAGCAGUGGAGGUGCCAGCCCUCGACUGAAGCAAGGCUGGCAAGAGGCCACCUCACCAGGGUCUCUUUGGGCUGGGAGAGGACCUAAGAAAGCUGCACCCCAGGGAGAGAUAGGCUCUGAAAGGAACAAAACUAAAGAAAACAGACCUCCCAGAAAGAAGCUGUUGUAUGGGCUGACAAAUACUCUGAGGCUACGGCUGCAGCAGAACAACCCUGAUAAGCUGAUAAUUCAUGAAAGGAGAGAGCAGCACAGAAAGAAGCAAAUGGAGAUGCUGAAGAAAAGUCCUUUGUCCAAAAGAAAGCUGCUCAGAAAUGCUGGAGAACAGCAUGUAGUUUCUUACAGGGAUUGUAGCAAAGGAAACAGUUCGAAGCAGAAUAAUGACUUUGAUAAAACUAUUGGGACUUCAUUACAAAACAGUGCUCUCACAGAGCACAUUUCUGUGACAGAUGUGUCCCCUGAUCUGCAGAAAUGGGCUAGGGAAAGUCUACUGAAGAAUGAUGAAAUUGCAAGCAAGGAACGUCUACGCAAAGUACGUACACCCCCCUUAGUGGAGGAAACUAUAUUAAAAUCUGCUCACAAGGAAAAGUCUGCAGAAGCCCAACUCCCAGAAGCUUUCCCAUCAGAUGCUAAUGCAAAGGGAAGUAAUGAGGAAGCAAUACACUUGAUCCAUCCUAAAACCACAGAGCGUGAUGAUGUGUCUGUUGUAAGUGAUCAUAAACCAAGCCCCAACAGGAGUGUUGAAAAUUACUCUGAAUUCAUAUAUUCAGAUGACUUUGUUGCUAGUCCUGAGAACACAGCUUGUUCAGAAGAUUUCACCAGUGAUGAGUGUAUGGGCAGAGAGUCAGAAGCUCUUGACAGCAGUCGUGAACCUUUGUGGCUUGAAAGCCCAAAGCAAGGUUGGUCAGAUACAGAGUCGGAAUCCAGCAGGUCCACAAUUUCAAAGACAAGUCAAAGAGCUGGAAGUACUUCAGAUCUUCUGCCAGUUCCUUCAGCUUUACCUCCAGUCCCGUCUUUGAAGAAAAACGAUGACUUAAAAAACAGCCAGAGAACUAGUGGUGAAUCUGUUGAUUCACUUCACAUUGCUCAAAUGGAAGCAGCAUCAUUAAAUGAAGCGCAGGAAGCCCGACACAUCAGUAAGGAAGGGAACAGGGAUGAUCAGCGUAUUAAACAGCAACCUACACUGAGAAGAACGCAAGUUAGCUCUGAUACUGGUCUGAAUAUAGGAAAGGGGCAGAGCUUUGAGGGAAAAAGCCAGUCAGUAACUCAAGUCAGCUCUAACUUGCCAUCUAACGUGUCUGAUCUUGAACUUGGCGUCCUGGAAGACAGUCUGUCAGACAAAGAGAAUAAUUUUCUGGGACAACUAUGUGUUCCUAAUCAAUACAAGGACAUCAGUGAACUUGUAAUAAACAAGCUUCCAGGAUACACGGUGUAA